AUGUCCAACAUCAUCCCUGCCACCGCCCGCACUGCUCUGAAGCGCUCUCUUCUGCGCUCGUCCGUCGCUCCUGCCCGCUUUUCAAGCACGAUGCACGACAACGACCCUGAGGUUCUUGAGGCGGAAAAAUUACGUAACUUGAGCAGGCAGCAGCACAAGACGUCGACUCCCAUUCCUGAGGCGCCAGGCUGGAACGAGUCCCUCGCAAGCGCGUCCGAGGCCGCAAUCAAGGUUCGUGAAGCCAUCCGGCGAUCCAUCCCAACUGGGCUCAUCCUGCGUGCCCGUGUGUCAACGUCUCGCAUGCACAACGACGACGAGGGGAGUCCUGAGGCACGGUAUGCGCGCGAUGAAGUAGACGGUCCCCUCAAGCAAGCCCGGGGCGACACGGUUGUCGAGACCAUCCAGCACAAAGAGGAUGUCAUCACCCGCAAGACCGUCGUCUGA